AUGACAUCUCGAGCGGAGAAAAUCGAUAGAUUUCCUAAUAAGAUCAAUAUCAAUGUUUCUAAAAUACAAAAUCUUAAAAGUCCAAGGGCUGAACCGCUUAGUGUAUUUCUUCGAUUUGAAUAUAACGACGGGCAAUUUUCUGAAUCCGGAAAAUUUGAUGUUACUGAUGGAAAUCCACGACCAAUCGAUCAUGCUGCUGUGUUAGGCAUUAAUGCUUCAGAUCCAGUACAAAUCGAUGACUUGGGACAAAAACCUAUUUUAAUUACUUUAUUGGAAGCUGCACCAAAAGAUAAGAAAGUCAAAGAAGAUAAAUCAACACCAUUCGGACAAGCAGUAUUAGAUCUAUGGCCUUUACUCAAAAAAGAAACACAAAUUUCAGUCACGUUACCAGUUCAUCCUAUUACUGGAUCGUUUUUGGAAACGCAAGGAGAACAACACCAAGCAUCUUUGCUUGUCAGUGUUAGUGUCGAACAACCGCUGGUUUCAACUCGUGAUCAAUCGAAUACAAAUUCUAUUUCGGUCACUUUGGAAGGUUUAUAUUCACCACCGGAAACUUGGAUAGCAGGUGGAUCGUCGUUUAUCUAUACAGCUACAUUACCAAUGCCGCUCAAUGAUGAUAAAGAUACAACGUUAGUCUUUACGAACGGUACAAUACGUGCGCCAACUGAUGUAACAAAUAAACAGAAGCGAUGGCCUGAUGCUCGUCGAAUUUUAGCUUCUAAUGCAAAUUACAUACCUGGACAUACAAUCAAUGAAGAGUCAAUUGAUGAUGAACAAGGUGAUUUGCGUGAUAAAAAGGAUCGAGAAUUUCGAACAAAUGCUGAGAAAAACAAACCACAAAUUGUAUGGAAUAUUGAACGACGAUGUUUUUUACUUCCACAUGGAAGUCAAAGUUUACAACAUCAGAUAACUCGUGCACCGUACAUCGCAGUAGAAAUCGUUCGUUCAAGCGCUCCAACUGCACCUCGAGGAAAAAAGGAUGACGAUAGCGGAACUAGUUACCAUGGAGUUGCAUACAUUGAAACCGCACCACUUCUCUAUCCAGGAGCAACACGAUGUCGUGGUGCAUACAAAGUGGUGCCAUACAAUGAAGCAGAAUACAAAUCUAAGACAAAACGAUCGAACAAUAUACUUGAUGACGCGAUGCGAAUCGCCAAUAAUUUAUUUGAUCGUUCAGCUUUAUCUUCAACGAAAAAAGACAUGAAAUUAGCAGUCGAAAAACCACCAACAUCUAGUGCUGCCGCAAGUGCAUCGAAGAAAAAAGUGGAAUCAGGCGAAGAAGUAGCUCCAACAACAUCCGAAACACAACAAUAUCUCGAACAAAAUUCGUACAUUAUCAUGGAUAUUACUGUCGAUCGGCCAAUUAUUGAAAAACGUUCAUUGAGUGACUUAUUUCGAAAAAUUUCGGAUCUUAUUCCACCACGUUCAAAUUAUCCAGUCAAAGUUAAUAGUUCAGUAAAAGCUGUUGAAGAUUAUCAUCAACAGAUCAAAAAUGUUUGUAGUCUUGUCCUUGACGAAUAUCGGAAAGUCUGCAAUGAUGAAACAAAUUCAGAGGCACCUCUUCCAAAUGAUCAAAAACGUCGUAAAUUAUUGUAUGAAUUGAACUCGACUGGUAAAUACUUUGCAUUCAAAGAACAAUUAAAACACAGCGUGAUUAAAAUUGUUCGAGAGAAAUUUCUUCGAACGAGUAAAUUUAACAAUCCAGACGAACUUCAAACAUUUAUCAGUCAACUAUAUGUAUUUCUUCUCGAUGAAAUGCAUCGCUCAUUGAACAAAUCGUUGAAUAUCGCAGAGCCUGAACCUGUACCACCAUUGCGAAAUACAGAUGAACAAUUACGUACAUUUGCAUUGGAAGCAGAAAGUAAUGGCGAUUAUCUUCUAGCGGCCAACUAUUACAAACAACGUAUUGCUCAACAUCCCGAUAAACUUCGUUGUUGGCUUGACUUUGCUGCAUUUCAUUUACUUGUUAAUGAUCUAAUCAAAGCUGAAGAAUGCUUGAAAGAAUGCAUUUCAAUUGAACAAACAAACAGUACAGCUUUAUUGUUGAAUGCUGUAAUCAAUGGCAUAUUGGAAAACAACGAAAUUGCAGAUUUGUUUUUCGAAACUGUAACGACCGAAGAUAGCGAGAAUGUCAUUGCUUGGACACUCUAUGGUGUUUUCCAAAAACAUAUUGGUAAUGAAAUGAACGCACAAAUCACACUUGCUCAAGCGGAAAAACUUCAACGAGCGAUUCUUAAAAGUGAAGACGAUCAAGCGGCAGCGUUAGCACAACAAUCAGCACCAUUGACGGAUGAAAAGCGCGAAGAGGAGGAAAAAGAUCGUAGUGCAGAAGAGGCGUUGAAAAGUUCUGAUCCUCAGUUGAAUGUUUCAUCGAAAGCUCGCGUCAGCCGUAGUAGUAAAUCCAGCAAGCAAAAGCCAGAAAAAACCAAAGCUGAAAUUCUGUCAGCUCGCAAGUCUCAAGACGUUUCCAGUCUCAUUGAACCGGAAAAGGUGGUCACCAAAAAGAGUAUCUAUCUCAAAGCAGCUGAAUUCUUACUCAAAUAUAAUGUCGCAACAUGGGCAGAAAAAGCGUUGGCGUAUGAAUUUUUGACCAAUACUGGUAAAGACAGUCAAGUCGAAAUUGCACUAGCCAAAGCCAAGAUUCUCCAGCAAGAUUUCCCUGCAGCCGAAACGCAUAUUACACAAGCACUAUCACUUGAGUAUGAAAAUGUUGAAGCAUGGGCACUAUGGGGUCAUAUCAAAUACUUACAAUUGGACUUUGAAGCUGCGAAAGGUCGAUAUCAACGUACAUUAGUUUUUGCGGAGAAACCUCCAGAUCUUCAUACAGUCUACAUUCGCCUUGGUGCGAUUCUCCUUUCAAAAGGAGCGGAAGCAAGCUACACUGAAGCAAAAGAAGUCUUUUUAAAUGCUUGCCGUUUUCAACCUACGUGUACGACAUACUUAGGUCUCGGUAUAGCUUGUUAUCGAUUAAAUCAAUUUGAUGAUGCAGAAGAAGCAUUGACCGAAGCGAACUUUCUCAAUAACCAAAAUGCCGAGGUUUGGGCCUAUUUAACUUUGAUUUGCCUACAAACAAGACGUGUUAUCGAAGCUGAACAAAGUUAUAAAUACGCGAUUAAACUUGAUCUUCCUGCAGGUCAACUAAUGGACGAAAUCACGUCAUUACAACGACAAGUUGGCUUUGGUGAUCCGAGUUUUUAG